AUGGAUGAAAAUGCAGCAGAAAAACUCAAGAUGGAAAGGAGGAAGAAGUGGGACAUGGCAUACAAGGCUCGGAUGAGGCAGAUUGUCCCUGGUCUCUUCCUUGGAAAUGUCCGGGCAUCGCACAGACGGGAAAUGCUUCAAGAAAACCAUAUCAACGCAAUCGUCUCUCUAACUACUGCUCGGUGGGUAUGGUGGAAUUCCACUACAAGAAACGCAGGCGUCCCAGAGCAUCGUCACAAAUGGAUUCAGUGCGCGGAUUCGUCGACGCAAGACCUCCUCGCUCAUAUGAAUGAUAUUUGUGAACCUUCGGAGGCGAUAUUGAUUCACUGCGACCUUGGAAUAUCACGAUCGCCGACGAUUAUCAUCGCCUAUCUCAUGCGCAAGCUCAAAAUUCAGCAAGCAGACGUCUUGCGCUUCGUUCAAUCAAAGCAAAGGAUUCAACCGAGCGCGAAUUUCACUCGUCAGCUUCAAGUUUGGGAGGAGGUUGGAUACAAAGUAUGGGAGGACGAAGAUAAGACUGUCCCGAAAGCAGCAUACAAAGCAUUUCUGGAAGACCGGGCUGCUCUUCUGAAAGAAAAAGGGCUCAUGGGAGAUGAACCACUUGCACCCCUGACCCUUUAA